UUACUAACUUUGAAUCUUCUGACUUUUGUUUUCUUCUGGUUUAGUUUUGUUUGCAAAGUUAAAUAAAUUGUUUGUCGCGUUUUUGUGUGUUAAUUUGUUUCGAAACUAAGAAUAUGCAACUAUUACAAUGUUUAGCUUGUGAAGAGUCCAAUUGUCUAAAACCGAAUACCAAAUGUGUCAAUGCCAUCGCUUGUUGGGAAUUUGUGAUGAGUUAUUCCAAUGGAACGACCAGCACAAAGAAAGGUUGUUUCAAGAAUGAAAUUCAUGCCAAACUUCAAUGUAAUCACAAUCGAACCUCUGAUGAUUCCUGGUUUGUGACAAGGUGUUGCUAUUCGGAUUUUUGUAACGACAAGAUACAAACACCUCUCACGUUCGAGGAGGAUACGUUUAAAUUGGAUACUCGCGAGAUAUUUUUAAUCGGUGCUUUCGUCUCUCUCGUCUUGGCAUCAGUCUUAAUCAUACUUUCUUUUUACCUUCUCAGGCGAUUUAAGAAAACCAAAAGUAACUCAAUUGAUUCGGAAAUUUGUAAAAAAGAGUACAAAGAAGAUUUCCAAAACUAUGAUGUCUCUGAAACCUCUGGAUCGGGUCUUGGAAUGCCGCUUUUAACUUCGAGAACAUUGUCCCGAGAAAUUAAUCUUAUUGGAAGAUUUUACAAAGGAAAAUCAACCGAAGUUUGGCAAGGAAAUUGGAAAGGAUUUGCUGUGGCAGUUAAAGUUUUCUACACUCGAGAUGAACAUUUAUUCAAAAGAGAACUUGAAAUAUAUCGUUCACUUAACAAACAUUCAAAUAUUCUUGAAAUUUUCACCUCUGACUGUACAUCAAUCGAUUCGUGUACACAACAAUGGUUGGUGACAACAUACUAUGAACUAGGGUCACUUUAUGAUUAUCUAAAUCGUUGUACCAUCGGACAGAAUCAAUGUAUAUCCAUUCUACUUGGUCUCAUCAAUGGUCUAGAUUAUCUUCACUCUGAAGAUAUUCCCCCACAAAUUGCACAUCGUGAUCUUAAAUCUAAAAACAUUCUUGUCAAAGAUGAUUACAAUGUGUGUAUUGCCGAUUUUGGUUUAGCUGUUACUUAUUUUCCCGAUACAAAGAAAAUAAUCAAUGGAGAAAAGUAUAAAGUCGGAACCAUACGAUACAUGGCACCAGAAAUUUUGUCCGAUACAUUUGAUGGAAGUAAAUUUGAGAGUCAUAAAAAAGCAGAUAUUUAUUCACUGUCUCUGGUGGUAUGGGAAGUCCUUCGCCGGUGUAUCAGUCGAGAUGGUAAAGUUGAUGAUUACAGUUUACCUUUCGGAGGAAUCGUUCCAAGUGAUCCAACCUUUGAAGAUAUGGCCAAAGUUGUUUGUCUAGAUGAGCAAAGACCAAUGAUUAAUGAUCGAAUGUCAAGUGAUCCCGUUAUAGCAAGAAUCUCCAAAAUUAUGGAAGAGUGUUGGAACACUAUACCCACAAAGAGACUCACCUCAUUAAGGGUGAAAAAAUCACUAAUCAAGGUGAAUACAGAUUUUUGGAAAUGAAAAGUCUCGGCCACCAGGAAAAUUGUCAUCUUUUAUUACCCUCACAUCUAUUCACAAUUUGAUAAUCAUAAACUUUUCAAGUGGAUUCUCAGUAGUGUUAACAAUUGCACCAGUUAGAUUAUUGCAAAGAGCAAUCAACACUUGAAAAUAGUGAAACUACAAUUACAUAAUAACAAAGGCCCUACAACAAACCAAAGGAAGAAAAAAAGUUUAAUCUUUUGUUAAUUAUUUCAGUAGUUACGCCUAAUUUUUUUUCUCAAUCUACUAAUUGUCCAAAGCAGUUGAAAAGUUUUCAUUCAGCUCAACUUGCAACAUUUUUUAAUCAUCAUUUAUCGUCGCCAUAAACUCAUCAAUUGCCAAUUCACCAACAUUGUGCCUUUCAUCUUAAAAUCAACAAUAACCAGCAAUUAGCCAUUUAAUUUUUUAUUAUUCCCAUUUAUUAUUAAUGUAAUUAUUGUGAUUGAACCACGUAAUUAGUCCUACACUAAUGUAUAUUUAUAAGCGAACAUCAUUUUGUCAUUCAAAUUGAUAUUAGGAUAAAUUGUAUCAAUUUAACAAAAAUGACAAAAGCUCAAAACGAUCAGACAAUUUGUCAACCUCAGUGCCUUUCAUUGUAUCUGAACAAUCAAAACCAAUUAUCACCACCUUAAUUAGUCAAUUACAGUAAUGUACUCGGUUUAGUUGUACAACCAAAUCUAUUAACCACAAAAACAAUUUGUUGUGCCAUCUUUAUGAUUUAAGAUUAAUCCUUUUGACGGAUUAAAGCUUAAAAAUUAAAUUAUAACAAUUAUAACGUUUUUA